AUGAGCAUGGAGGAUGUUGCCAACGGGACCUCUCCCGCUCCCACCCUCUUUGGCUUUCUGGUUCCGACUGCCACGCUGGUGCCACCAGGCACCGCAGCACCGGAGAAGGCAGACCCGCUGCCCGUCAUCAUCGCGCUCGUCUGCAUCUUCCUCCUCCUGGCCAGCUGCCUCGUCUUCGUUGCCCUCUGCAAGCCGGCGGCCCUGGACGGCUCCCGCUGCGGGCCGCGCGAGCGCAUGCCCUACCCCGGGGAGGAUGCCAGCGAGCCCCAGCUGCGGCUCUGGAAGCGGCUGGGCUCCCUGCGCCGCUCCAUCGGCAGCUUCCGCAGGAGCCGGCCCGCGGGAGUCUCCCAGAGCCAGCAAGCCUGCCCCAGGAGACCCCCUGCCCGCUGCGACUGGGACUUCCUGGAGUCCACCAAAAUGUGA